AUGCCUCUGACUGGUUCAAAUGUUGGUGUGCCUGCUCUUGUGGGGCUGGAGUAUCCGGACCCGGGAGGUUCAGGCCUCAGCGUGCCUGUUCUGGGCUGUGAAUGCAUGCCCUUCUCUAGGAAAAGACGUCCGUUGGCUGGAACCAUGAUUAACCCUGAUGGAAAGGGUGUUGAAGCGAUCCGAUAUGGCAGUCGGACCAUAGAUCCAGCCACAGGGAUUGUGGCACCGGUGGUUGGAGCCAGAUUGGAUAUUAGCAGGAAGUCUGUGGUCCCGCUUACUGCCCCCCUCUGGCUCUCAAUAUCAGAGAAAACUGAUAGUAUUGCAAUGGAGGGAUUGCAGAAGGAGGUCUGUGCUCGAAACACUUUCUGGCAGCAGCAGAAGUUAAAGGAGGAGGACGUUCUCUCUGAUCUGGACUCAUCACUUUCCCUCUGCGUUUCAAACACACAGUCUUAUCAGUGGUCAGUGAGGCCGCUGAGGGAGGCCGCUGAGGAGCUGCAGGAGUCUUCACAGGCCGAAGCCCAGAGGAGAGCAGCGGUGUGCAGUCACUUGGCCCUGAUCUUGCCACAACAUGUGCAUUACACCCUCAUAAAAGGUGACGAGGAGGAAUGGCUUGUUCACUGCGCUUGGCAAUCGGCGCUUGAGUCUGCCUUCGACAAGCUUGAAGUGUGUUUAGAACAAUUACAACAAGAACAAGAACGAUACACAGCAAAUGAAAAUGAAUGGACCAUGUCUCACGCUUCACUGGACAGAGAGAGACUGCGAGAGGUGUGGGAGCAGUGCUGUGCCAAACAAGCGGAGUUGGACUCUGCUGUUAAUGCGGUGCACGUUGCCAGGUCCCUAUCUAAGCUCCGUGCAGACACAGCUCAGGCUGUGCUCGCUGGGCAUUUUUGGUAUAAGGAAUAUGGUCUGGUGCAGUUUGAUGGACACAGAGGAGCAAUAAAUGUCAUGUCUAUGGUCAGGGAGAAAUCGCUUCCUUUGCUGGAGAGGCUCAGCCAGCUUCUGCAAGAUAAACAUUACACAGGCUUAUCUCAGAACCCAUGCAAUAACAAACUGUCUGAUUUGCAAACAAAACAAAGCUAUGGGAUGGAAAUAGCAUCAAGAGUUUGGACCGAAUCUGUCCCUGCGGUUGUGCAAGUAGGAAAUUCCUCCCAAUCUCAGAGAGAACGUGUCAAAGCUCAAUCCCAAGACACUGGUUUGGAGAUGAGUUCUGGUCCAAGCCGCCCUUCUCAAAGACACACACUAUCUUCUGGGCUUCAGUCGCUAGAGAGCCAAACAAAGAAAGAGCAAGAUAUCUCUGUUCCGUUCAUUUCAGGGGAAGCGUGGGGCAGGCUGUUGGAGCAGUCACCCCUGUUUCACUUGCUGAAGGAGGUGGAGCUCCAGAUGAAGACGUGGGCCUGUGGGACAGGUCUUGUAAGAGGAGAUCAUCUCGAACAGGGAAAGCCCUUUGUGGAUGUCCUGGAUGCCCAAUGGGAAUGUGAAGGGGAGCUGAUCCCUAUUUGGGCCUCAAGCCUAAAUCCCAGAGAAUAUUUGGUCUAUCAGCAUGGCCUUUUUCUCAUGCAGACCUUGAACAGUCAACAACUGACCCCUGUUGUUACCCUGGAAAUAACAAGCAGUCUUCCUGCCAACAACUACGUCGACAAUGCUUUCCGAAACUCCUUCUUUUACCAGGAAGCAGAGGAGACACUCUUUGUCCGUCGCCAGAGGUUACAAUCUGUGGGUGGGUUUUCUCUACUGCUGCUCCACUGUCUCUGCCACAUCAGCCUCAGCGACAUGUCCUCAGAUGGCAGCCCAGCCUUCCAAAGGCUUUUCUUUAAGGUCCUUCAGGCGGCCCUUGGAGAGCUGUUUCAGGCCCGUCUGAAUGCGCGCCCCUUAGGGCUGGACAAAGGGGCCCAUUCAAGGGAUAUUAAGGGAACUCUGUGGAAAUCUCCAGCUGACUCUCUGCAGCACAGUCCAGGCAGAAGCCUGUUAUCACAAGAUGUCAGGGAACUCCUGAGGAAGCAUUAUGAGACGUCAGUCUUCACGCAGGUUGAGGAGCAGCUAAAGCACCAAAUACCACUUUCCAAAGACUGA